UAUCUUUCUAACCAAUUCAUAUGGGAAAAAUAAAUAUUAGUGCUAAUACCAACGAAUCACUGGAAGGAUUGACAACGAAAAGUGAUGAAUGCAUACAAACGGAUGACAUGAGAAAUGAUAGUGAGAAGGAGGCUAAUCAAUCCAAUAAUAUAGAGAUGAUUGAUUCAUUUACACAAAGUGAUUUGAGAUGGGACGAUGAAAACAAGCAUGCCGAUACUAAUUUAAUCAUGACUAAACGCAAUGAGAAUAAGGAGCAAGAUACUCAGUAUGAAGAUGUUAUCAGACAAAAACAACUUCAGUUGAAUGAAAUCCAGACAAAUUACAAUAAGUUAUUCGAAAUUUACACGCAAUCUCAAUUGAAUUUUGAGAAGAUUCAAGAUGAUCUUAAAGCACGCUUAUAUACAGCACUUGUGGAAAAUAAAGAAAAAACGACUCUGAUCGAGGAGAUGAAAAAGAAUCUGACUCACGAAAUACAAACAACAAAAGAAUAUUAUGAAAAUGUAACAGCGAAACAGAGAACAGAGUUUACGCUAGCGCAGAAUAUUUUAAAGUCCAAGAUACAUGAAUUACACCAACAAUUGUUAGUAUGUUCAUGUGAAUCAUUAAAAAUGAAGUGUAGCAAGAAGCAGAAUUUAACUUCUGAUGAUGUGUCAUCAUCACUAAUGGCAACAGAAGCAUUUUGUCAGUCGAAAAUUCUAACCAGUACAUCUACAAACCAUGACCAUAGUUGUAUAACACAACAACGUGAACAAACUCGUCUCUAUAUGGAUAAUAAGAGUCAAGGGGAAUUUCGUCUACCUGCUCUAUCGACAUAAAGCGUUUAUGGAGUUUUAAAUAUGCAGUUAUUAAAAAGUAGAUAUCAGUAUUACUGUGUAAAAGCAUUCACAUAGAUUCACACUUGUGUACGCACAAAUACAUUGGAUAAACACUUUUAUCAGUGUGAAUGUGUGGCUGCAUGAAAAUCACUUAGCUCGACACCG